UGCCUUAAGCUACGCCGCCGCAAGUAUGCGCCACCGUACCUGAAUCUAGCUAUAACACUUUUGGGUGGAGCGAUCUUUUCAAUGCACGGCGGUGGCCUUUUGCAUAAAGCACAAUCCAUCUGGGUGUCCUGAAGGUAUCUGAGAAGUAGACGGGGCGUAUUUUGGGUUCUGGCAUCUUGGCAAUGGCUGGAGAAAAAGUGCUGGCCGGGCAGCCAGAUAAAACCACAAAGAGAGCAACCUAAAACAUCCCCUUCAUUACACGUCUGAAGCUGAUAAGAGCCACGCAGAGCGCGCCGUUCUCAUUACACAGCUUGGGGGAUGAAACAUAAAUUAUCCCAAAGGAAUCUUCCGCUCUCUCCAAAUUCAUUUUCCUUAAUGAGCUUUGGGAAACGUUUUUUUCUUUUUUUUUCCUCUUUUUUUAAUUCUGCUUAAAGCACGUUUAUAUAGUAAGAUGUGAAGUCCUUGCUAGCCAGUCAGAAUGCUGAGAGCAGAAGUCGUUUUGCCGAACUGGGAACUUCAUGAGCCAGUGGAAGAGGCUCGGGAAGGAGAUGCCAUUGAGGGGCCCCGGCGGGAGUCAAGAGCGCAGCUGAUUGGGCGUAGGAGAGGACAAAAAAUCGCCAAACGUCAGACUGUUGCGUCUCCCACUAAGUCCCAUGGUGGGGCAGUUUCAGGGAAGAAGACUCCAGAGAACAAUGCCCGGGAGAGGAACAGGGUCCGCACCCUUCGGGAGGCCUUCUUGUCCCUUCAGGCCGCCCUGCCCUCUGUCCCACCAGACACCAAAUUGUCUAAGCUGGAUGUCCUGGUCCUGGCCACCAGCUACAUAGCCCACCUCACUCAAACGUUGGAUCAUGAUGGAAACAGUGCUCUGUCUGGAAGGGGUCCUGGGUACCUGCAUCCUAUGAAGAAGUGGCCCAUGAGGGCCCGUCUGUAUGCUGAAGCCAUAGAAUGUGAAUUAACUGCUGGAUGCACCCCAGGAAAAGACUGAAGAGAAAGAUCCAAGAUAAUAUGGUGAGCACCCCUGGUCAUUACUGAAAAGCUAGAGAAUUCCUAUGAGCUGCUGGUCUCCAGAGUCUCCCACAGUCCAUCCCAGAUCUUCUACCCACCAUGGAAUUAGGGUUUUUUGUUUUUUUUUGCACCUUGUAAACUGUCAGAUAAAAUAAAUAAAAAUAAAGAUGUACAAAUAAAUGUA